AUGUCGAACCGAUCCGGAGGUGGUGAGGAUGCGCUGGGAUCCCUGCUGUCGGGCUUCUCGGGAUUGGAGGGGGACAUACUGGGUCGACCCAAGGCAAUGUCCGACAUGAAAAAGCAGCGGCAAGCGCUCAACGACUUUGACGCGCUCUUCUCUGGUCCUCCCACCCUCACCGCUCCCCAGCCACCCGCCUCUGGCACCUCCCUCAUGGAUCUGGGGGUCUCGGCCUCCCCUGACCCGAGCGAUCCUUUCGGCAUGGACCUGGCGUGCCCCGCCCCGCCCUCGCCGUCCGGCCAGGCGGCUUGGGAGGCGGGCGCGUCGCCCUCUGACCCUGCGAGGCCCAGCCCCCGCGCCCAGGCGUCCGGGGACGAUGACCUGCUGCCUGGCUUCCCCUCCAGCCAGACGCUGGCCUCCCCGGCGGCGCACCGUCAGCACAUCACGGCGGAGUCACGCGGCCUGGACGCCCGCGAGGAUGCCCAGCCGCGUCGGCCGGCGCCCAGGGAGACCAGCCCCUGCCCCCACCCCGGCCACGGCAUUCCCUGGACCGGGGACGGAGCCUCGGAGGCCCGGUCCCCCUCCCCGCCCGGAUACCUAGACGUGGCGCCCCACGCCCUGGCGGCGGAGGUGAAGCAGCGCGCGCAGCGCGCCUUCCAGGGCUCGGCGGCCUGGUUCAUGCGCGCCGGCAAGAAGCUGCAGGAGUCGGCGCGCGCGCGCGAGGGCGCUGAGGCCGCCGAGAAAGCGGGGUGCGUGGCGCUGCGCGACACGCUGGGCCCGGAGAUGGAGACCUGGACGGCGGGAAAGCGAGAUAACAUCCGCGCGCUGCUCAGCACCAUGCACACCGUGCUGUGGCCGGACAGCGGCUGGGAGCGGCCCUCCAUCUCCGACAUGGUGGAGGAUGCCAAGGUGAAGCGCUGGUACAUGAAGGCCAACCUGGUGGUGCACCCCGACAAGGUGCGGCAGAAGGGCGGGGUCGUGGAGGCUGUUGCGCGCGCAGACAUGGUGUUCGACAUCCUCAAGGCCGCCUGGGGAAAGUUUGAGGCCGCCCGUGCGCGGUGA